ACUCUUGCGCUUCUCAAGCUCAUUCUCGCGGAGCGGCCCUAACAUAGCAGCAAGUCUCACCCACUCGACGCUAUAAUGGUUGAACUCGGGUUUCGUGUAUCGAUGGCUUUCAGCCUUAUCUUCGCAACUGCAAUACUUCAUCGUGUCUCUGGCUCAACCAUUGCCACGUUCACGGACGAUCAGUGCAAGAACUCGUUCCAGAGCAUACAAGCAGAAAACGGAUACCCAAAUGGCACAUGCCUAAGAUUGGCUGACAAUGGAAAAUUUGGAAGUUUUCAGGUUGUGGGCCUUGACUCGGGCUGCAGUGCUACUAUCUAUGGCACCGAUGCUGAGGAGUUCGUGCCUUGUUCCUCCACCGCCCUCCAGUUCGCACAGCUAGCUACGUGCUAUAACUCCUCAUGGGUUUACUACAGUAUCGAUGCAUGCACACCGCCUCAAUCGUCAAGCAUCUCCGGAAACCCCACACGUCCCACCUCCAACCCAUCGACAUCCUCAAGCACCGCCAACACCCCCAGCAAAAACCACACUGGAGCCAUAGUUGGCGGAGUUGUUGGCGGCGUAGGUGGUCUCGCUCUCAUCGGCCUCGCUUUAUUCUUUGUUCAUCGUCAUCGUCGCAACAAGAAAAAGGCACUUGAACAGCCUCCUACUGUACCCCAGCCACCUGAAGCUCCCGGAAACAACAUCAAUGAGUUGCCGCCGCAAGACAUCAAACCGGAAAUAUAUACGGCCGAGGCUAAGCCACAAGAAAUGGGUAGAAAUAGUGUGUUCGUUCCAAGGGAAGAGCCACCUGCGGAGCUUGAGGGAAACAAUGCUCCUGUUUUGCACGAACUAGAAAAGCGCGGUGUGUAGGAUCUUUUGGAACGAGCGAGAUGUUGUAGUAGUAGUAGGAAAGGUACAUGUAUAUAUACGUAACGAUGAAGAAGAGCAUGGGCUUGAAAUUCUCAUCAUGGAUUAGUCUUGGAUGAAUUAUCUUAAUACAUGUGUC